AUGUCUGGAUACAAAAGAGGUGUGAUUGAUCCCACUUUGUUUAGAAGAGCAAGUGGUAAUAACUUAAUUCUCGUCCAAAUAUACGUGGAUGAUAUCAUAUUUGGAUCCAUAGAUCAGGGUAGGGUGAAUGAUUUUGCAAUGGUCUUGACUAGUAAAAUCCAAAUGAGCAUGAAUAGAGAGAUUAGUUUCUUUUUAGGACUUCAAGUCAAACAAGUACCUGAAGGGAUAUUCAUUCAUCAAGAGAAAUAUACAUCUCAGCUGCUAAAGAAAUUCUCACUGGACAAUUGUUCCUCAGCCAAGGUCCCGAUGGCCUUCGGGUACAAGAUUUCAGCUGAUCCUUUUGAAGAAUCAGUUGACCAUAAAACUUAUCGUGGAAUGAUUGGGUCAUUGAUGUACCUCACCGCAAGUAGACCGGAUAUUGUCUUUGCAACAAGCUUAUGUGCUAGGUACCAAGCUGAUCCUAAAGUAUCACAUUUGACUGCAAUCAAGAAAAUUCUUAGAUACUUGAAGGGAAGCAAAGCGUUAGGCCUAUGGUACCCUGCAGGAAAUGACUUUAGGUUCCAAGUCUUCAUAGAUGUGGAUGAUGCCGGAUGCAGAUUAGAUCGAAAAAUUACUUCUGGUGGUUGUCAAUUUCUAGUAGGAAGACUAGUCAGUUGA